CAGGAAAAACGAUUCAUGACACCACUACAAAAUUUCGAUUGAUUUUGAUUGGCUGACUAAACAAUGGCUAAUUUAUCUCUUGUGUUACCAAUUUUGACUUUACAAUGUUCCCUGAUUUACGACCCUUUGUGUAGGCGUGAAAACAACGUAUAAAUGCCGAGGGGUAGACUAGAGCUUCACAGUGUUCUACCCAGCAGUGUUGGACAGCCCUAUACCAGCUGCGAAAAUGAACUCGCUGAUAUUUCUCGGUGUUUUGGUUUAUGGAAUAGCCUUAGUGAGUGGGCGUUGUGCCCCUAAACCCCUCUGUAUGAUGGCGUGUCCCUACGGCUUGGCGACAGACGACGAGGGAUGCGAGAUUUGUAAAUGUGCACAGCCCAUUGUCGAAAGAAGGCAGGUCAAGUGUCCACCCAAGGCCAUGUGUAUGAUGAACUGCCCCAAUGGAUUCGCCACAGAUGACAACGGUUGUGACGUGUGCAAGUGUAAAGAUACCGUGUGCCCGGAUGUAAUGUGUAUGAUGAACUGUCCACAUGGCUUCGAACGUGACGAGAAUGGCUGUGAAAGAUGCAAGUGCGCCGCCAAUCCAGGAUGUUCCCAAAGACCAAUGUGUAGGAUGUCCUGUCCGUUUGGGUUUGAGAAGGACGGGGAGGGUUGUGACGUCUGUCGAUGUGCAGCAAAUCCUGCUUGUGCAGAGAAACCCAUCUGUAGGAUGAUGUGUGAAUUUGGCUUUGAGAGAGACCAGGAGGGCUGUGAUGUCUGCAAAUGCGCAGACAGCCCAGUGUGCGCCCAGAAGCCUAUCUGUAGGAUGAUGUGUCCACACGGCUUCAUGAAAGAUGAGGAGGGCUGUGAUGUCUGCAAGUGUGCACCCAGCCCCAACUGCCUCAACAAACCCAUGUGCAUGAUGUUCUGUCGAGAUGGCUUCGAGAAGGAUGAUGAAGGAUGUGACAUUUGCAAGUGUGCAGCCGCCAAGUGUCCACCUAAGGCAAUGUGCAUGAUGAACUGCUCGAAAGGCUUCAGGAAGGACACCAAUGGCUGUGACACCUGCAGCUGUGAAGAUGAUUCGUGCCCCCAGAAAGCAAUGUGCCUGAUGAUGUGCCCAAAUGGCUUCGAGAAGGACGACAACGGCUGUGAGACGUGCAAGUGUGCCGCUUCUUCCAGUUUAAGUGACAAGUGUUCCCCAAUACAGUGCUACAAGAACUGCCCCUUCGGGUUCCGUAAGGACCGCAAGGGAUGUGACAAAUGCAAGUGCUACUGGCCAAGACCGAAGAAAAUCUGCCGGAAAGUGAGAUGCCGCAUGGACUGUCCCAACGGUUACAGGAAGAAUCGCCGAGGAUGCGAGACCUGUAGAUGUCGCUGGUGAAGACAACACUGUGCCAUGGUUACCAAGGUCGAACCCGCGAUAGAAGCAAGACCUAUGAGGCGACAGUUGCCGAGAGGUUCGUAUGUCAGAACCGGGCCCAUCGCGUGAAGUGCUACUCAACAGACAGCGUUAAUCUUUUAUACAUGUUGUUACGAGAAUAAAUCACUUGAUGUGGAA